UUUAUGUUCAAACCUUAAUCACGGCACGUAAACACCCGGACCUCAGAUAUCGACUCUACUUUGCUUAUAACAGAUAAACAGAUAAACAAGAAAGAGAAUAGAAAGAAACAAUGGCAGACGACAGAAUCGUGUUCUUCUUCGACAUCGACAACUGCCUGUAUCCGCGGUCCUACAAGAUCCACGAUAUCAUGGCGAAGCUGAUUGACGACUACUUUAUGGAGAAGCUCAGUCUCAACUUUGAAGAGGCCUCGGAGCUGCACCAGCGGUAUUAUAAGGACUAUGGACUUGCGAUAGAGGGACUUGUCCGCCAUCACGAGAUUGACCCGCUAGAGUACAACAGCAAAGUCGACGACGCCCUUCCCAUCGCAGAGGUCAUCAAACCAGACCCCAAACUCCGCAAAUUCCUCGAGUCGAUCGAUAAAUCAAAGGUCAAACUCUGGCUCUUCACAAACGCUUACAAGACCCAUGCCUCGCGCGUCGUCAAGGCUUUGCAAGUCGAGGAUCUUUUCGAAGGCGUGACCUUCUGUGACUACGCAGAGGAGAUUCUUAUCUGCAAGCCAAAACCCGAGAUGUUUGAGCGCGCUAUGAAAAUGGCAGGUGUAUCUUCAAAAGACAAAUGCUACUUUAUCGAUGACUCCUUCAUCAACAUCAAGGCAGCGAAAGAAUUCGGCUGGAAGAAAACAAUCCAAUACCUCGACCCGCUCGACAAGACUCCUCCUACUCUCGCUGGUCACUACGAGCUUCGUGAUUUCGAAGAGAUCAAAGGCUUUGCUCCUGAGAUCUUUAAGGAGUAGAUACUCUGAAUACUCAUGAUACAAUAGCUAGAGAUCAAAUCUCAUGUACUUAAUAAAAGCUCUUACUGUUCAUAACUCUCUUGAUUAUACAGUACACCGUUUUUGCUUGCUUGCUUUCUUGCUGCUGCUGCUGCUUUUAGAUGACCCGUCGCAUUAUAUAUAUAAACAUGAAAAAACCAAAUAUAAAUAAAAAAUAAUAAAACAUUUUUCUUUAAUCCUUGGUCUUCUGGGUACCUCUGAGCAGACCUGUUCUUCUGGCGGCAAUAAGACCAGCCUUCUGUCC